AAGAUGUCCGUGCGCCGCCGGCCCGCGCGGCCCGCCGGCCGCCUCCCCUGGCUGCUGUGCUGCGGCGCCCUGCUGUCCCCGGCCGCCGGCUACGUGAUCGUGAGCUCCGUGUCCUGGGCCGUCACCAACGAGGUGGACGAGGAGCUGGACAGCGCCUCCACCGAGGACGCGCUGCCCGCGCUGCUGGAGGACUCGGGCAGCAUCUGGCAGCGCAGCUUCCCGGCCUCGGCGCACAAGGAGGACGCGCACCUGCCGCCCGCCGCCGCCGCCGCCGCCGCCGCCGCCGCCGCCUCCGCCCGCGCCAGGCCGCCCCCCGCGCCGCCGGGGAUGUUCUCCUACCGGCGCCAGGGCGGCCCGAGGCUGCGCCCCGGCACCGCCCGCUUCCUGGCCCACGCCAGCGCCUGGGGCUGUCUGGCCACCGUGUCCGCCCACGAGAAGAUCCCAGGACUGCCGUUUGGGAACUGCCUGCCCAUCAGCGACGGCCCCUUGGACAACAGCACUGGGAUUCCUUUCUUCUAUGUGACACCCAAGGACCCUGCAGUGGCCGAUCUGAUGAAGAACCCCAUGGCCUCCCUCCUGCUGCCAGAAUCAGAAGGAGAGUUCUGCAGAAAAAAUAUCGUUGACCCGGAAGACCCCCGAUGUGCCCGGUUGACGCUCACCGGCCAGAUGAUUGCAGUGCCUCCAGAAGAAGUAGAAUUUGCCAAGCAGGCCAUGUUUUCAAGACACCCCGUUAUGAGGAAGUGGCCUCGUCAGUAUGAGUGGUUCUUUAUGAAGAUGAGGAUAGAACAUGUCUGGCUUCAGAAAUGGUAUGGAGGAGUAUCUGACAUUUCGAGGGAUGAAUACUUCAGAGCAGUCCCAAGAAAGGCCUGAUGCAGUAAGAAGAAAGUCCUUGGGGUUUGCAGGAAAUGAAAACCUUUGAAGUCACGCUGCCAGACGGCGACUGAUCUGCUGUCUGUCUGGUUGCAGGCUUCACAGCCGCCCCGUCAUCAUCAUGGCAGAACGAGGGAGGGUGACCAGGGAACCCUGUGCCAGGCUGGAGAUUAGAGUGCUCGUUUGCAAACCCCCAGUUCCCACAGGCACUCACAUAUUUAGCCUCUGUAUCGUACUCAACCCAGUCUCACUGACUUGGGAAUCAUCGUUGGUUGUCAAAGUGACCUGUUGAGACAGUUGCUGUUCCAUUGCUUAGGACAAAAAAAAAAAAAAAAUGUGCAAUGUGAUUGCAUUGUAUUGUGAGCAUAUUUUCAUUGCUUGCUGUGCCCAAAGCAGUCUGGAUUUGAAGCUCACCGCAACCACAAAGGAACUAGAUAUGCCUCACAUGGCUACAGUCUUGUGUUUGGGGUGAGCACGCAGGGCUGCUUGUCUAUGGAACACUCAUCAUGCUACUUACUGGACUGCAGAUGCAUUAUGAAGUCACAUUUGCUAGAAUGUAUUAGGCACUUAGGAAGGCUUUGUCCCACUGUAACAUGACAAACUGCAUGAGAACACAGAGUCCUGCGUGCAGCCCCAUUCUGGUGAGCAGGCCUUGGUAAUUCAUUCUUGAGGCAGGACAGCUUCAGCACCAAACUCCCCAGAUCCCAACUGCUAAUGCUUCUGUCAGAUGGUUCCCUUCCCUUAGGCAUGAGGAGUGGCAUCCAAAAUAAGAAGCAUCUCAUUCUGUGGUGUGUAGAGAGGAGAAGGGCAUGGGGGAAGUAGAGAAGGAAGCAAGGACAAUAUACAAGAGGAGGAAUCCAGGAAGUCAGUAAUUGAAGGCACACUCCCUGCCCAGCCUUGGACCAGGCCCUUGGCAGGAUCAUCUCAUGUAAGCCUUACAACCAGUGAGAGUCAUAUCAUCAUUGCCACUUACAGACGAGAAAAUUGAGGCUCAGACAGGCUAAGUCAGCGUCCCAUGGUCUGACUCCAGAAGCUACUGCUUCUGGUGAAGUGGUACUUAGAUGAUUUCCAACCUUAAGAACAAGACAAGAGUGUUAUUGAAAUGCAGGGGUGGUCAUUGAAUCAGCAAAAUCAGUAAAGUGAGGAUUAACCUGUCUGUGGCUGAUUUGCCAUGGUUAACUAACAAAAUAACAAAAACAAAAACAAAAAAAAAGUCUCUGAAGUUUUAUUGUUACUACAGAUUAAAAUUUUCUACAAAUUAUAUGCAGGAGCUCCUGGUUUUGCAAGAAACUACGUAGUACCUGAGCACACAUCUAAGGCCUAUAGAGGGCCUAUGUGUAUACAUCCAAGACCUCUUACAUUGACCUCUAUAAAGAUCUAGUAGUACCCAGUUUUCUGUCUUUUUAUAAUGGCUAUGAACCCUCUUUGGUGGGUUAGGUAUGUUGUAUAACAUAAAAACACAAAACUAUAGGAAAUAUACACUUUUUAAAUAAGUAAAAUGUUAUUGAUGGUUAUACUUUUAUUUAAAAAAUUAAGACAUGAAUAGAGUUUGAGAUGUCAAAAUAUAUUUUAAGUGCCUAUUACUAAAAGCAUAGAAAGAUGCAUGGAAUUCUUUGUCAAAAGCCAAUUACUGAAAGGAUUCCUAACAAUAGCAAUUUCUAAUAUAUAAGAAUAAGGUAACUUUGAUGGUACUUUUUAUUUCCAAGUUAAAAAUUAUGGCUACCUUCAAUUUAGAGGUAAGAGGGGAAAACUGGAAGGAUAAACCACAUACUCCAUAAGUCAACCUCAUACCUUAAUUCUUUGAGCAUCACUACCUCCUAGUUCUGUCUUACGAAUAAUGUUCCUAUGCUAAGUUUGCUUUUAUAAGGAGGUUCCACUUAGCUCAUUAAUGGCCUCUCUGCUAGCUUCAAGAGGCUUUGCAGUUGUGGGUGCCAUUAAAAACCACUGCUGAAUGUUAUCAGUUAUUUAUCCAAAUUAUAGGGAAUGAAGUCUAAACAGGUUGGAUGAUAAGAGUGUUGAAGAUACAUCUGUUUGAGAAUGAUGGGCCCCAUCAGGACAGUAUGUUUCUGCAAAUCUCUGGAUAUUUACAUUGAUGAAAAUGUUAAAGGCUGUCCUGGAAGUUCCACACAUGGCAAUAAACAAGAAAAAAAAAUUAAAUGCAUAUGAUUGGAAAGAAAUAUCUCUGUUUACAAAUGACAGGAUUGUCUACAUAGCAAAUUCCAAAGAAUCUACUAAAAAAAAAAACAAAACAAAAUUUCCAGAACUAGUGGAUUCAACAAGGUUUCAGGAUACAAGAUCAGCACACAAAAUUUAAUCACAUUUCUAAACACUAACAAUGAACAAAGUGGAGACCAAAAUUAAAAGCACAAUGCCAUUUAUAAUAACUCCAAAGAAAUAAAUAGGUAUAAAUUUAUCAAAACAUGUACAAGAUCUAUAUGUUAAAAAUUAAAAGAUGUUAAUGAAAGAAAUCAAAGACCUAAAUAAAUGAAGAGAUAUACCAUGUUCAUGGAUUGGAAGACACAAAAUAGCAAGGAUGUCGGUUCUCUCCAGAUUUAGCUAUCGUUUAAUGCAAUUUCUGUCAAAAUCCCAGCAAAGUUUGUAGACAUAUUCAAGUUUAUUCCAGGAAUUCCAAGACAUAGGCCUUGGAAUAGCUAAAACAGUCUUGUAAAAGAAAAAUAAGUAGGAGAAAUCACUCUAUUCAAUAUAAAAAUUUAUAUGUAACUACAGUAAUCAAGACAGUAUGGCUUUUAUUGCUGGAGGCACAGAUACAUAGAUCAACAGAACAGAAUAGAAAAUCUGGAAAUAGACCCACACAAAUAUAUUCGGCUGGGUUUUAUAUAAAGAUGCAAAAGUAAUUCAAUGGAGGGAGGAUAGUCUUUUCAGCAAAUAUGUUAAAGCAAUGGGAUAUCCACAGGCAAAUAGAAACCUCAGCCUAAACCCCAUACCUUAUGUAAAAAUUAACUCAAAAUGGAUCAUACUUCUAAACAUAAAAUCUUAAACUAUAAAGAUAAUAAACAAUCCAUAAAGGAAAGUGUGAUAAAUGACUUCAUCAAAGUUUCAAACUUCUGCUCUGAAAAAGACCAUGUUAGAAGAAUGAAAAGACAGGCUACAGACUGAGAGAAAAUAUUUGCAAGUGUAUAUCUGACAAAUGACUAAUACCUAGAAAUAUAUAGAGAACUCACAAAACUCAAUAAUUUUUUUAAAAAAAUCCAAUUCAAAAAUGGAGAACAUAUACAAACAUUUCACUGAAGAGGAUAUACACAUGGCAAAUAAGACCAUGAAAAGAUAUUCAACAUCAUUGAUCAUUAGGGAAUUGCAAAUUAAAACCACAAUGAGAUACCACUAUGCACCUAUCAAAAUUCCUAACAUAUAGUAACAACACCAAGUAUUAGCAAGGAUACAAAGAAACUGGAUCAGUCAUACAUAGCUGGUGGGAACGUAAAAUGGAACAGCCACUCUGCAAAACCAUUUGGCAGUUUCCUAUAAAACUAAACAUGCAGCUGCCAUACCACUUAGCAAUUGCACUGUUGGGCAUUUAUCCCAGAGAGAUGAAAACUUAUGUUCACACACAAAAAAUGUCCAUGAAUGUUCAUAGCAGCUUUAUUCAUAAUAUUCAAAAACUGUAAACAACCAGAUGUCCUUUAAUGGGUGGCUGGUUAAACAUGUGAUACAUCCAUGCCCUGGAAUACUACUCAGCAAUAAAAAUAAUCUCUCAUACAAGCAACAACUUGGAUGAAUCUCCAGAGAAUUAUGCUGAGUGAAAAGUCAAUCCCACAGGGUUACAUACUGUACAAUUCAUUUAUACAACAUUUUUUUAUACAACAUUUUGAAAUGCAAAGUUCUAGAAAUGGAGAACAGAUGAGAGGUUGCUAAGGAGGAGUUUGGAGAAGAGAGGUGAGUAACCAGGAAGGAUCCUUACAAUGGAAACAUUCUGUGUCUUGACUGUAUCAAUGUCAAAAUCCUGGUUGUGGUAUGGAAUAGUUUUGCAAGAUAGUACCCUUGGGGGAAACUGGAUAAAAGGCAAACGAUCUCUUUGUAUUAUUUUCUACAACUCUAUGUGAAUCUACAAUUUCUGCAGUUAUCUUAGAAUUUGCAAUUAUCUCAGAGUAAAAAGUUUAAUACAAACAAAAUAUAAGACUUAGCAGACCUACUAAGGCAUUUAUGCUAUCUCAUUGGUCCUUAAUGAAAUGAAGAACUCAACUAUGUGCCAAAAUCUAGCAGAACAGACAUUAGUUUUCUUUAGUUAACCAUUAAUGUAUGCACUUGUGAAAGAGAAGAUUUGUUUUCUAAAUGUAUUCAAUUUAAUAUUGAAUCCAAAUUAAUAAGAAUUCAACAGAUUCAAAUAAGAUUUUAUGUGGGACACAUAGAAAGGGAGGCUGUCUUCAAAUUUCUGACAUAAGCAUGUUGAGUAAGCUGUAGGUACUGUAGGAAUCUGAGUCUGUAUAUACUGAUUCUCCCCUGAUUAUAGGAAAGAACUAUACUCCUAGUAACAUUCCUGGAAUAUUCCUAAAUGUUCUGGGAAAGAAGUCUUCUUUUGUUUCUGUGAACAGCUAUAUCCUGACCCCUAUGGUUUUAUUUAUAGUGACUGUACAUAUCCAUGAUGUUGACAUAGGAUAAUUCUGAUAUUACUUGUUUCAAUGUACCUUGUAUAUAUUAACUCAUUAUGAGAGUUAUUUUUUAGUUGAAAUGUAUUUCUGCAAUUUUUCCAGAAAGUCUGUAUUUCAUUUUUAAUGAUUUAUCCAUCAAAUAUGGUCCUGAAAAUAAAGCUUCUCUAGAAUAAUUUACCGAUGCACAUUUGAUUGCUGUAACAGCAAGUCAGUUAUUAGAAAAUUUGAAUUAUAAUGAAGCUAUGGUUUGUCUAUGCUAUGUAAUGCAUGUGGAGUGUGAAAUCUAUUUUCAACACUAGAUAUGUCUAUUUAACCAAAGACUAUUUCA